CUCGUUUCAGUUGGACACUAACAUUCAUUUAGUCUUUUGAGUCAGCAGUAAAGCUCAGUAGCGAAAAGCUGUCUAGAAGAAGACCAGACCACAGCACUCAGUUGAAACUAGAUUCUUAUACUUUUAUCUGCACUGAUAUUUCAAACAAAACUUGAGAUGUCCAAAGAAAUACAAAUCUGAAGCGAAUUACAAAGUUAAUUGGAACUAAGUCUCAACAAAAUGGAACAAUGCUGGCUAAUUGUACUUGUGCUCUCUGUACUAUUAUCAGUAGUAGGGUUGACGUUGCUAGGCUUACUGAUACAGAAAAUCAGAAAGUGCUGUCGCAGAGAAGACAAGCCUUAUGGGCUCAAGAAACACCAAACUGGAGACUACUCUCUACUUGAAAUUCUUGAUGAGGACGAUGCCGUAGAUGGUGGUCAAGCGGCCCAGCGUAGGCCAACACUUGACCUUCAUGGUAAAACAAGACAGGAGGCGCUACAGGCGGUGGAUCAGUUCAUCCUGUCCAACCAAAACAGUUAUCAUAAAAAUAAGACUAGUAGCAGACUUGUAAAUAUCAUCACUGGUAGAGGCCUGCACAGUGUUAACAAUUUUCCUGUUUUAAAGAUGGAGACCCAAAAAUACCUGGAGAAAAAGGGAUUAAACUAUUCUAUAAACAGUAAAGGAGGUCAACUAACUGUCGAUCUAAAGAGCUGAGAGAUAAAGGCAGCUCUGAGACAUUAACGGCAAAUAGAAUCUCAAACGUUAAAGAAUUAAAUUGUCACUCUGAACAGCAAGAUUCCUAUUUACUGAUAUGAAUUCAAGUGGUUACCUCAUUGACUAACAAGUUCUCCUCGCUAAGUGGCUCAUCUCUGAAUCCUUUACGCUCAGUCACUGCCAAGCUAGCACAAUAUCUGAUUGAUGAGCCAAAAAAGAAGAAAAAGAAAAUAACACAUGUGUCUUUAUGAAUGGUUAAUUACUUUUUGUUUAUAUAUUUAUCCGUUUUUACAUUUUAAAUUAAUGUCCAAAUGUAUAUUGUUUAUGUUUUUAUAAACAAAUUAUGCUUAUUUUUAAUUUGAUUCUUUGAUUUCUUUAUUAUAAAAAACAAAAUAUUUAUAGAAUAUAUUGUGUACAAAUUAACUGUGAUAUUUACCAACACUGUAGAAAUUAUUAUUUUAUGUUGAGAAACAGUUUGAGAGACAAUAUUUACAACCUUCAAGCCAUGCAGCGGCAUCGGCUCCCAGGUUGUAUGACAUGUGCUCCGGGCUGUAGGGCCACAAUGUCAAUUUGAUACCUGGUUCAAUUCUUGUCGACUAGGAUCUUGAGCCUUCCGGGAGGAGGUUUCGUCAUUUCGAAGAAAAUUCCGAAACUUGAUAAAAAACAAAACAAAUAAAACUCGUUUCUCCUGUAUUAUUUUGUAGAAGAUCUUGUUACAGUGUAAGAAAGUGGAGAUGUGCAUAAAUUAUAAUUCUUUCAAAGGUGGCAUUGUUUGAUGUUACAAUUUUUAGUUUGAUUUGAGAUCAUUAGUAAUGAAACAUCCCUUUACAUGUAUGUCUGCCCUGUAGUAUGUGAACACUUUUAUGAUAGAGACAAAAAGUCAUUACUCAGACAAACAAAAUACAUGUAUUUAAUAAAACAAAAAAAAACAAAAAAAAAACCCAUAAAGUCAUGUAAUUAUGUUUGCUAAUAAAUUUAACUACUAUUAGAACUAGAACUGUUUGCUUUUGUGACUUCCAUAUAACAAGUAUAUUCCUUUUUAAAUUGGAAAUAAUUAUACAUGACUAUUUGUCCAUUGCUUCUCUGGUGAUGGCGGAAGACUAAUUGUACCUUAUUAACGUAUUUUAAAAUAAAAAAUGGCUUUAGUACAACA